AUGACUUCGUCCAAGGGCUCAACGGCGGCCGGCGUUUCACAUACCCACUCGAUACGUUUGACCGCGCCCAGUUCAUCCGAUGCCCAGAAGCUGGAAAACGCUGAACUGCGAUACCAUAUGGGCCUGUUAAAUUCUACAUCGACACAGGAGGCUAAGGAGGCUUCUCUCGCACCCAUAGUCUCAGGCUGCGUACUCAGGCACAAAUCAGACUCCACAGAGUCAACCUCGGGAAUCUCUCAAUAUGGACUACUGGCAGGGCUAUGCCAUGUUCUAACAUCUAUCGACCCAAAGCAGGAGCUGAAUUUGGAAGAUUCUGGAGACCCUCGGCUUUUCUUUAACGUUACAUCGCCAUCAAGUACAUUUAUAUGUGGCUCGCAAGGUUCUGGUAAGAGCCAUACAUUAUCAUGCAUGUUAGAGAACUGUUUGAUACCGUCGAAAGCAGGACAGCUUCCUCGCCCUCUCACUGGCGUGUUGUUUCAUUAUGAUACGUUCAUUAGUGAUACUGGGGGUUCGCCCUGUGAAGCAGCAUUUCUCUCAUCGAAUGAUGCUGUUACGGCGGUUUAUUCAAGAUUCAAUAUCCGUGUUGACCCACUACAGAUCGAUCAAAAGGAUCUUAACACAAAGCGCAUGCAGGAUCUCAUGGCGGUCAGCCAGGAAGGCGGGCCGAUGCCUCUCUACAUGCAUACCGUGAAAACAAUUCUACGAGAUAUGCGGAUUCAGCAGCAACUUACGGGGACCGGGUUUGACUAUGGGGAGUUUCUAAAGAGAGUGAUGAACUCUGACUUGACUUCCUCCCAGUUUGGGCCUCUCAAACAGCGCUUGGAUACCCUACAGAGUUUUAUGCCCCAGGGACAGGCCAAUUCUUACGACAAGAAGGGAAAGAAAUCUUUACUGAGCAAAGGCACAGACUGGGAACCUCAGUCCGGUCACUUGACCAUUGUUGACCUUUCUUGUCCAUGUAUUUCCCCAGACACGGCAUGUUCACUAUUCAAUGUUUGCCUGGAGAUUUUUCUCGAGCAAAAUCCUGCAAUUGGGCGGGUUGUGGCUUUGGAUGAAGCUCAUAAAUACAUGAACUCAUCCCCCGAAGCCUAUGGAUUUACCAACACGUUGCUAUCCGCUGUUCGGCUACAGCGGCACCUCGGAGCUCGUGUAAUCAUCUCAACACAGGAACCGACGAUUUCUACUGCUCUCCUGAACUUGUGUUCCGUCACAAUCGCCCACCGUUUUACUUCCCCCGAAUGGCUACGAACCUUGCGCAGCCAUUUGGCAGCAGCUGCGGCUGACGCGAAGAAUGGGCCAGCGCCUAACCCGUCAGACGAAAAUAGUGUGGAAAACAGUUCGGCUUCGCUUUUUGACAGGAUUGUUCGCUUAGACGUCGGCGAAGCACUAUUGUUCUCUCCAAGUGCUAUCGUUGGAGCAAGUGAUAGGGGAGAUAAUCAGCUUGCAUUGCACCGGCUAGGUACUGAAUGUGUGACUGUUAAGAUUCGAGCGAGGUUGACUCUGGAUGGUGGAAAGAGUAUCCUCUCACACUGA